UUUUUUUUUUUCUUCUUCCUUUUUCUUUUAGAGGAUUUAUUUAUUCUUCUCCUUUAUCAGCCUAGCAUGUAUCGUAGUGUAAAACAAAUAAAUAGCUUAUUUUUACUUCCUAAAUGGACACUUACAAUUUUUAUUCUUCUCAGUUUAUUAUGCUGCUUAUACAAGAAGAAUCUAUUAUUUCAGCAGUUCAAAAUGAAAGAAUACCUUCUUCUAGUCACAAACAACAAGUGGAUACAAUACAUGGAGAAGAAAAUCUUUUAUUAAAUUCCAAAAGUCAUAACGAGAACAACAUGAAAGAAACUGGCUUUCUUUUAUCAACCAACAAUCAUGAUGAUUCUAUUCAUAAAGAGCAACUUGAUAAUAAAAAGAUGAGAGUUACAAUUCAACAAAAUACAAACUUGUUUGAAGAAGAAGAUGAAGGAGAAGAGAAAGAGGAAGAGGAAAAAGAGGAAAAGGAAGAAGAAGAGGAAGAAGAGGAAGAAGAGGAAGAAGAGGAAGAAGAGGAAGAAGAGGAAGAAGAGGAAGAAGUGCCUUCUCUACAAAGUGAUAACGAAUCUAUUAUUGAAGAGCCUUUUUCUCCUUCUUUAUCAAAGGACUCGCAACCAGCUUAUUAUUCACCUUUUUCUACUGGAUUUGAUUUUUUUGGUACAACUUUACCUGUUAGUAAAGAGAAUCAAUCUAUUGUCUUUACAGCUGAAGAUUAUUCAACACUGUUAUCCGAAAAAAUUAUUUACCCUUACUUUACUCCCUCAGUUGAUCGUAUUCCUUCUUAUACCCCUAAUAAUAAUAAAAAGUCAUCAUCGCCGCUUCUGGAAUUACUCAAUCCUUCCACUCACGCCAAGACAACAAUUACAUCCACCUCUUUUAGUUAUUUUGAUGAAAUGAUGAUGUCUAAUUCACUCUAUAGAACAAUAAACCAUCAUCACUCAAUAAAGAAUACUAGAAGAGACUGGGACUCCAUUACCAAUUUUACUCGUUAGAUCAUUUAUACUACUUUAUUCCAUACUAAUACUACUGAUACUACUACUACUAUUACUACUACUACUACUACUAAUAAUAAUAAUAAAAUGAAUUUCUUUUAAAAAUCUAAUCGUUUUAAUGCUUGUUCUGCUUCUUUAACGCAAUUUGAAAGUUUAUAUUUGCGUCCAUACUUUUCUGCACUUUUAUAGAAUUCUUUUGCCUUUUCUUUAUCGUUGCUUUGCUAUAUAUUAAAUAGUAGUCCUUAGUAUAUACACAUAUAAAUUUAUAAAAGAAAAAAUAACCUCU